AUGAUAUAUUACUCUUUCCUUGUAGAGCUUGCACUCAUUCAAGUUUUCAUUAUUCCAUCAACCUUCGCUGCCGAUCGAGCUCCGCAGGCCGUCACAUGGUCAACGAAAACCCAUGGGCCAGAUGGACCAUGGCAUGCCGUCUCUGUUAGCAUUGGAAGUCCACCUCAAAUUGUUGAUCUUCUACCAGGUGGAAUGUGGAUGUCAAAUGUGUUGGCAUCAACAGUAUGCACAGGCAGCAUCGCCGUCAACUGCGAUGUGUCGAAAGCAGGCUUCUACGAUGGAAAGAAAUCCACCACCUUUGUCCAAAUCCCACAAACCGGAAGCAUCCAAAAUGAGAGCUUCUCAAAAACAGGCAAUACUUUAUCAACAUUAGAGGGGAGCGCAGAAUGGAUAUUUGACACUGCCACAAUACCGAUGCAAAACAGCGGUAGUGGCUUAGAUUCAAGUGGUGGGAGCUUGGAAUCGUACACAUUGGCAAUCGAUAAUUUCGUUAUGUUAACAGUAACUUCCGGCGUUGAGACGCUCCCAGAUGGGACGACUUAUCCAGCGCAGAUUGGAAAAUUGGCAUUAGGAGCAUCUAAUUUUAAUCAGUCAUGGGCACAAAAUCCACCUAACCCCAGGUUCAACGGUACACUUCUUCCUGGUGCACUGGUAGAGCAAGAGAAAGCUCCUUCGAACUCAUAUGGAAUGCAUCUAGGUGCUGUGGCGAAAGGGAUCUCCCCUUCAUUAUACUUCGGGGGAUUCGACCAGACCCGAGCUUUAGGAUCCGUCAGUGCUCAACCAUAUGAAAUCUCGAAUCUGCCCAUAGAUCUCCUCGACAUUGGGAUCGGUGUUGCGGAAGGUUCAUCACCUUUCAAUUUCACUUCUGUAUCUGGAUUGUUGACCAAGGGAAAUUCGUCCAUGGGGGUAGCUACAACAGUGUAUGUUGAGGCACCUCUGCCCUGGAUAUAUCUGCCAAAAAGUGCGUGUGAUGCGAUAACCCAGAGCCUGCCCGUAGUUUUUGAGGAUAAAUAUGGUCUCUACUUUUGGGACAUUGAAGAUCCAAGAUACGCAAAAAUUGUCUCCUCGCCGGCAUUCCUGUCCUUCACAUUUCGACUGAGCGGCAGCGUCACUAAUAACAUGACGAUAAAUGUUCCAUUCGCCCUCCUGAACCUCACACUUACUGCACCUAUCAUUGACAAGCCCACCCCAUAUUUCCCUCUGCGACCAGGUCUCGGACCACAUGGGAAAUAUGAACUGGGUCGUGCAUUUCUUCAAGCGGCUUUUGUGGGCGUCAAUUGGCAAACCGCAAUGGGAACUGGUAAUGGUGUUUGGUUUUUGGCGCAAGCUCCGGGGCCUAACACUCCAAGCAAAGGAACGCCAACUACCAUUAAAUCCAGUGACACGUCAAUCGUUGGUUCUACUGCUGUUUGGAAAGACACUUGGAAAGGUGCGUGGACAGUUCUGAACGAUGCGGGCGAUGUUGUUAGCGCACCUCCUCCGGCCACAACCCCUUCUGGCACCUCUACGCCAACUGAGACUCCCGGCAGCGUAAAAGAAGCAAGUAAGCUGGGCGCCGGAGCCAUUGCAGGUAUCGUCGUAGGUGUUGCAGCAAUUAUCAUGAUUGGGUGUCUCAUUGGGGCUUGGCUCUGGUUCAAGAAUCGCAGAUCGGAUGGUACUACUGGGGAAACAGAGCCUCUUACACCCGUAGCUGCCACCGGGUGUUCACAGCCAUAUCAAUCAAAACCGUGGGAGAUGGAGUCGAAUGCCAUUGUGAGAGAGAUGGCAACAGAUAAUACACGGAAGCUUGAUUCUACGGACCAUGUCUUUGGUAGCGCGCCAACGGAACUAGAUACGACGAGGAGACCUCGGAUCCCUGUGGAGAUGGCAGGGUGA